UUACCAAGAACCUGAAAAAAAGAUGGAGGACACGUUUCAGUAUUUGUCUGGUUUUGGCAACGAGUUUGCCUCUGAAGAUCCAAGAUGUCCUGAUGCCCUACCAAAAGGACAAAACAGUCCUCAGCAAUGUCCGUACGGAUUAUAUGCUGAACAGCUAUCUGGGUCAGCGUUCACUGUGCCAAGAGGGAGUAACCAAAGAAGUUGGUUGUACCGCAUCCGCCCGUCUGUGUGCCACACACCAUUCAAGAGACUGGACCAUUCUUACUUCACAAACAACUUUGUGGAUGAUCACCCCAAUCCCAACCAGCUGAGAUGGAACCCUUUUGACAUUCCAAAGAAAGGAGGGAAAUCUGUUGACUUUGUUGAUGGACUUGCUACAGUUUGUGGGGCUGGUGACCCCAGGUCCAAGAAUGGUGUUGGUAUCCAUAUCUUUGCCUGUAACACAUCAAUGGUCAACAGAUGUUUCUAUGACUCGGAUGGCGAUCUCCUGAUCGUUCCACAGAAAGGUCCUCUUCAUAUCACAACAGAGUUUGGUCGUAUGGUUGUGAGCCCAGGAGAGAUUUGUGUCAUUCAGCAAGGUAUCCGGUUCAGUGUUGAUGUGGAUGGAGAAACCAGGGGCUACAUUCUGGAAAUAUUCAAUGGACAUCUGACCUUGCCCUGCCUUGGACCUAUCGGUGCCAAUGGACUUGCCAACCCUCGAGAUUUCCUCACCCCAGUCGCAUGGUAUGAAGACAGGGAUAACAUCACAUAUUCGGUUAUCAGUAAAUUCCAGGGGGCAUUGUUUACCGCCGAACAGGACCAUUCUCCAUUUGAUGUUGUUGCCUGGCAUGGCAAUUAUGCUCCGUACAAGUACGACUUGACCAAGUUUAUGGUGAUCAAUGCGGUCUCCUUUGAUCAUCCUGAUCCUUCCAUUUUCACUGUGCUCACCUGUCAGUCGAACACUCCUGGUGUCGCUGUGGCAGAUUUCGUCAUUUUUCCUCCUCGGUGGGCAUGUGGAGAAAACACUUUCAGGCCGCCGUACUAUCAUAGAAACUGCAUGAGUGAGUUCAUGGGACUUGUCUAUGGCAACUAUGAAGCCAAGGAAGAAGGUUUCCAACCUGGUGGAGCCAGUCUCCACAGCAUGAUGACACCUCAUGGUCCAGAUGCUGAUUGUUUUGAAAAGGCUUCUAAUUGUGACCUGAAACCGGUGCGAGUUGCAGAUGGUACCAUGGCAUUCAUGUUUGAGUCAUCAUUCAGCAUGGCUGUUACAAAGUGGGGCAAUGAGACAUGCCAGAAACUUGACCCGAAGUACUACGAAUGCUGGCAGGGGCUCAAGAAGCAUUUCAAUGCUGCUGCCAAGAUAAAAAAUAAAGAAGAUUAAGACAUCAGCUAGUCAGUUGAAAGAGAUGAAUUCAUUUCAAAAUCUUUUAGUUUGACAAUUUGAAUUUGAACAGUGGUCAAGUGGUUGUAAAAUUGAAUAGAAGGAGACCAACUGACAUUUAUUUGGCAGCUAUCUUUGUAUACGCCCGGUUGACUUAUUUUAAGAUUGGCAAAGGAUGAAAAAUAUGCUUGGUAAUUUGAUUUUUUUUGGGCAACUGCUAUGAUACAGCCCUGGUUGUGUUUAUUUGUGUGUUAUUGUAUGCGAUACAUGUACAUGAAUGUAUAUAUAAAGGUUUUGUUUGCGUUAUAAAUCAUGUAUAAAUGGUAUACUCAAAAUUUAUGGUACAUGUAUGAAGGAAUUUGGACUCUAAGGGAGAAGAAGACAUUUUUUCUUUAUAGUACCUUAGAAUAUGACGUAUUGUAUAAACAGUUUUAUGACUCAUUUUGGACUGGUCUUGUCUGUUACACAUCCUUUUGAUAACCAGGCAUUUGGAUUUAUUCCAUGCUGUCCUUCGAAAUUUGGUUUGUUCUUCAUUUGUGCUGAAUUUAAUACUGUGGGUGUAGAAUUGCAAGACUCACAAGUACAGUUUCACCCGAUUACAAUUGUACAUAAUUGAGUUGAUACUUUGUAUCUUCCAGCCUGAACAUUGCUCAUUCAAGAGUUUUUCUAACUCUUUCUAUCAUGCAGUCUGAAGAAACAAUGCUAUUAAUGCAAGUAGUUGUAGGAUGCAGUAGAAUUGUAAUAUACAUAAUGUUUGGGUUUUGGGCACAAGGUGAUGUGGUUGAAAAAUAAAUAAUUUAUCAUUUUAGAA